GCUUAGGGUCCUCUGCCUCUCUGCCAUUAUGGGCAGCGCCUAUCACUGGGAAGCCCGGCGCCGGCAGAUGGCUUUGGACCAGAGGAGGUGGCUAAUGGCCCAGCAGCAGAAGCAACAGGAGCAGGAACCGACGAAACUCCAAGAGGAAGAACAGCAACCUGAGAAAAGGUCUCAGCCAUCUCAGGAGCAGCAGGUACCGCAGCCACCACUGCCACCAUCUCAGCAGCCGCCAGUGUCUCCACAGCCACUACCUCCACCAAGGCCACAAUGUGCCCAAGAUAAUCUUACUCAGUGCACCACCAAGUACAUGUUCAAGGAUACCCACAGGCCGGAUCCCCAGGGUGGCCACCAAGCGGGAGGGCAAUCCAACAAAUUUCAAGAGGGGCUGAAAACCCUUCCAAGCACUGGUCCCAAGAACCCAUGUCAAUCUAGCCCAGCCAAAUACACCCGAUUCUCGUCGAUAAAUUACAAACAGCAGUGGUGAUCCAGAGAUAGA